UUAACUUUUACUGAAGUCAGAACAAGCUCGAGCCGUCGGUCGGGGCUUGCACCUUGCUUUUCCCACAGCUUUUGGAAAUCAUGCUUGCAAAGUGUGAAAACAUCCGUGAUGCUGUGAAGUCUCUUAUAGCCGGUUUCUGGAUCACUUUUAGCGUCUGUUCCGUCGGUGUUCACGGCCAAGAGGGUAAUGGCUGUGGUCAUACAGUGCUGGGAACAGAGUCUGGCACUCUGGCUUCUCAGAACUAUCCAGGCACCUACCCGAGUAACACCUGGUGUAAGUGGAGGCUUCGAGUGCCAGAGGGGCGAACGCUGCGACUGCUGUUUGGGGAUUUUGACAUUGAGAGCAGUCCAGGCUGCAGCAAUGGCUCUCUUGUGAUCACAGACAAGAACGGAAAAAGCAGUCUGGGUCCGGUGUGUGGGAAGCUUGAUGCAUCACAGAAGAAUGUGACAUUUAAAAGCAAUGAAGUGACAAUAAGCUUCAAAUCAGGCCCACACCGCUCCGGACGGGGGUUUUUACUGUCUUAUGCCACAGACCAGUAUCCAGACCUCAUUUCUUGUUUACAACGAGGAUCUCAUUUUAGCUCGCAGUAUUUGAGUGUGUACUGCCCUGCUGGGUGUAAGAACGUCACAGGGGAUGUCUGGGGAAACUCUGAACAGGGUUAUAGAGAUACCUCAGUCCUGUGCAAGUCUGCAGUUCAUGCUGGAGUUGCGUCUGAUAGUCUGGGAGGCCGUGUAGCUGUGAAUCGUGGGAGAAGUCUUACACUCUAUGAGCCCACCUUUGCCAAUGGAAUCCUCUCAAAAAUGGGAUCAUUAUCUGAGAAGAAGCUGCUUUUCAGCAAAGAAUGCAACAACAUCCUGAGUGUGUCUGGUUUAAAUGCCUCUUCUUUCUGGGCUAAAAACAGCCAAGAGCACACAAUGUACUGGUCGUCCAGAAACAUGGGUUCCAGCCAUGAAAUCAUACCUUGGACAGCAGGCGGUAAUGAUCCAAACCCGUGGCUGGAGCUGGAGCUGAGUGAUAAAAGAACUAUCACAGGUAUAAUAACAACUGGAUCAGACAUGUACUACAUAGAAUCCUACAUCCUUUUUUUCAGCAAGGACAGAAAAAAUUGGAAGCUGUACAAAGGUGCUCUCAGCAAAGAAAAAAAGGUGUUUCAGGCCUAUACCGAUGGCCACUUCAAGGUUCGCAACAGCCUUUUUCCACCUGUGGUGGCUCGUUUUGUCCGGCUACAGCCACUGAGCUGGCAUGGCCAAGCCUCGGCUCAGGUCCAAGUUUUGGGGUGUCCUGUAGCCAAAGUCACACCAAGGUCACAUGCACUCCCUGAAUAUGCAACUAAAUCUCCAUCCAUCAAAGUUAACAUGGGAACACAACGCCCCGGCCCCACUCCCACCCCCACAGAGGGCCCAGUGUUAGUGGAAACAAAACUGAGCUCCAGUCAGCCAGUGAUAGUGGCAGUGGGAGUGGUCCUGGCGCUGUUGAUGUGCGGAAGUUGUUUGUUGGCAGGAGUCUGGUGGAAGAGAAGGAAAAAGGAAUCACAAAUGAAGUAUACCUUACCCACAAGUUGUCAGACUUUCCAGGCAAAGAGUAUCACCUGCCCACAAUCAGAGCUCAUCUCUUACCCUCUGGAGCGAAAUGUCCAUGAUGCUCUACCUAGCCCUCCUCUUAAUGACUAUGCCGAGCCUGCUAUUGGACAGAAGGUUGGAUCAACAUUCAGACCCUCCUCAGAUGAGGGCUACACCACCCCCUUCACCUUCAGCCAUUACGACACUCCUGGCAACCUACCAGAGUACGCCGAGCCUCUUCCACCAGAGCCUGAGUAUGCCACCCCGUUCAGUGAGCAGCUUUCUGACUCACAUGGACCUCUUAUAUUGGCACCUACCGCUGGUACCAGGACAACAACAUCCAGCCACGCUCAGUAUGACUGCCCCUCACACAGGAUGCUCUCCAAUGGUUACUGCACUCCUGCUCUACAUGCCAGUGGCCCACGACCAGUCAGUGUGGUCUAUGCUGAGCCAAAGUCAUGCGACUCUUUACUACGGAAACACACAUAUGAGGAGCCUUUGUGAACACAACAAGCAAAAAAAAAAGACUCUCCUGAGCUAAAACGUGUGUUGGGACCAGAGGACCACUUGAUCUCAAGCGGACACUAAGAUGGACAGUGUUGUCCAGAGUGUACUAAUGCUGACAGAGCUGAACGUCCAAUGAGUGAUGUACCCAAAGCUGAGAAGUCACUUUGGACCACUAUGCAUAUAUGAGGGUACACUCACCUCACAGUACACAGUGAUCUGAGAGCCAUAUGGAUGCAAAUAUUUCCUUCCAGGAAGUAUGUGUGGAAAUAUUCUGUGAUGCACAAAGAAAAAAUGCAGGUUCAGUCAUUUCUCAGAGAUCCUGUUUAUUGAUGAAAUGUUUAAUCACAAGCUGCACUUUGAGAAAACGCAUACAUGUAUGUUUAUUUAACAGGUUGAUGCAAAAAAAAAAAGUGGAUUGAAUAUGUUACUUGUCCUGACAAAACACUGUAUUCACAAUGUAAACUCUGAACAUGUUAAAGACAUUUAAGAAGCACUAUAAAUGGUACACUGUAACAAUGUGGUUAAGAUUGUUGCUAUGAUUCAGAGUAACCACUAGAUGGCUCUCUUGAGCUUUAAACGUCUAACAAAAAA